AACGUAGCUUGCGCGUGCACGAAAGGACGUUUGCUUUCGGUUGCCUAUUUUUCUUGACAGUCCAUGUUAUGCUACUUUUGAAAAAAAAUGAGCGCAUCAUCUCUUGUUUGUAAACGACUGCUGCCAAAAGAUGCUAGAAAGUUAUUGCGUGCAGUAUUUCCUGUGCUUAAAGAGAAAGAUGAAGAUGUAAGGGACAUCACUGAGAAGCUGAAGCUGGUAUUCAACCACGAUUUAGACAUUCGGCUUAACGCUUAUGGCAUUAACGUCUCUCCAAUUGGGCACUUGGAGACUUCUGCAAGAGGUGUGAUUGCCUAUAAUGUGGGAACAGGUGAUGGUAUCUCACGCUGGCUGCGACUUUCCAACAGGAAGUUUCUCGUGAAGGGAUACUUUGGUGUUGAAACCUGCACUUAUAAUUCCCUGGGACGUGUUGUUGGGACAGCGCCAUACGAUCACAUCACAGAAGAAAAGUUGAUGCAGGUAUUCCCACAGUUCCUUGGUGAAAUCAAACAGGCAGUCAACCCUCCUGAAGCGCCUCCACAUGAUGCAGACAAGGUUGCCAAACGAGACCAUGUUGCCAUCAUGGAGCAUCUGGCUGUCUGUCAUAGCAUCAGAUGUUCAGAGCUCUGUCUGCCUCACUUUUCACUAGAAAUAGUGUGUGGGCCAGGCUUUUCACCUCGAGUAUUUGUGCACGACUUGGGGAAAGCAUUAGGUAGUUGUGCACAUGUGAUGCACAUGGAGCUGACACAGUAUGGUCCCUUCACCCUUGAGCAUGCACUGCCAAGCUACAGGUGGUCAUGGGAAGAAGCCAAAGCAACCUCUGAGAAGCUGCACACCCUUUGGUACACCCAUGUUGGAGAUGUUCGAAAUGAAAUGAAAGGCACCGCAGACCGCUUUAAGAAUGUCGCCAGGUACUUUUAAGACAAAUAGGAAGUGUAUAGGUUAACAAUAAAUUAUGCUAGGUUAAUCCUUGGCA